AUGACGGACGGUACGCUGGCCUCGCUGAUCCUCAUACUGUGCAAUGCGCCAGCGCUGAUGGUCAACGCGUUGAUUCCCUACGUCAUCAUGUCCACUCUGUCGUUGCGUUCGUCCUCCUACUACAUCCUGUUUGUUUCUACGUUGUGCUCGGACGGUACAAAUAACGCGAUCAUGCUGUGCUACGUCAGCGUGUCUACCUACCACAACGCCGUACCGGUCAGCGACGAGGGGGCACAGGCCAUCGGCGUGGUCAUCAACGUGGCGUACCUCAGCGGCCUGGCGCACAUGGUCGCCCUGUGACCAGUGUGCUGUGCGACCGUCGCCUGCUGCUGGCUGAUCGGCCUGCUGUGCAAUGUACCAACAAUGACGGCCUGCUGUGCCCUGGUCUACAGCCCUUGGAACCUGUCGUUCUCGUACCGAGGCACCGAGUUCGCAGCACAGGUGUACAACCGGUACGACCAACUGCUAAGCCUGUCCGUGUUCCUGAUAGUGAUCGCGCUGCUGCUACGGACACUGCUGUUAAUCAAGCGCUUGCGCAACCAGGUAGCCAACGCGACCCAGUCUCAGGCAAUAACAAGGAGACGAGCCGUGAAGCUGAUCGUCGGCACAUCGACCAUAUGCAUGAGGAUAUUCUUCUUCGAAGUUGCAUUCUCGUUCAUGCCGCUGUUCAGCGACAAUAAA